AUGACCGUAGUAUCUAGCGAAAAGAGGAAAAAGGAACCGCCAAUUUUGGAUCCCAACUCGUUGUCGAGUAUUCGCCAUGAAGAAAUCCCCACGGCGCGUUUAGUGCUUCUUUGUCUCGGCCUUUCGACAGGGCUCUUCCUUAGCUUUCUAGACAGCUCAAUAGUGGCGACUAGCCUCUUCACGAUUGGAACGGAGUUUGACGAUCUGCAAAGAGUAAACUGGGUGGCAUUGGCCUAUACAUUAUCGUAUCUGGGAUGUGCCGUCUUCCUCGCUCGAAUUUCCGAUGUGAUUGGGCGACGCGAUGCAUUCUUAAUAUCAUACGUAAUCUUCAUAGGCUUUUCGCUGGGAUGCGGGUUUGCACAAAACUUGCAACAACUCAUUGCAUUUCGAGCGAUCCAGGGGCUCGGUGGAUCAGGCCUGUAUUCCAUUACCAUGAUAAUUCUUCCAGAGAUCUCACCUCCCAGGCUCCUACAAGCCCUUGCUGGCAUUAUUGGAAUCAUCAUAACCAUCUCUAGUGUGUUGGGUCCUGUACUUGGUGGUAUCUUGACGAAUUACGUGAGCUGGCGGUGGAUCUUCUUUAUUAAUGGGCCUAUUGGUGCAGCUUCUUUUCUGUUGUUUCUUAUCACAUGGCCGAACCCUCGAUAUCUGCCUAACAAUCUCGAAAAGCGAUCGUGGAGAGAGCUGGACUACUUUGGAUCCUCCUUGUUCGUCGCAGCAGCUGUUCUUAUUGUAUUCCCGUUCCAGAAUGCCAGCAACGCUACUGAUCAGUGGCAUGAAGCGAUAUUUUGGGCACCGCUCACCAUUGGGUUGGUUGCGUUUUUGGGAGUAUUCGCUUGGUCCCUCUUUGUAGACAGGCGGUGGGGAGACAACGUCGCCGCGGCUCUUCCUAUGAACCUUCUUCGUGAUAGAGUAUAUGCCUCGGCCGUUCUGAAUACCCUGUUCCUGGGGUUUCCUUACAUCCUGGUCAUCUACGUCUUUCCGCUUCGCUGUCAGGUUGUCAAUGGAAAAGAUGCCUUGGUAGCAGGGGUGAUGCUACUCCCAAUGCUAGGAUCCAGCGCGAUAGGUUCAGUCAUAUCUGGCAAGGUCAAUGGGAAGGAAGACCGUAGCUGUGAGACGCUGAUCGUAGCGACGAGUUUCAUGAUUUUAGGUUGUGGACUUCUCACAACAGUCUCUGGCUCAGUUAGUCUUGAAGCCAAAGCUCUGGGUUUUCUGGUGUUCGUUGGCCUUGGUUUUGGCCUAUCCGUAUCAACAACCACCAUGCUUGCAGCAUUGAGAUCAUCGAUACGGGAUCACGCAUCAGCACAGGGCAUUGUAGCUCAAGUGCGAGUGUUUGGGGGCAGUCUUGGCAUUGCGGCAUCUUCUGCAAUUCUAGGGAUGUCACUGCGCGCUCAAGUAGGCGGAUCGGUGACGUCGCAACAGAUUUCCUCAGUUGAGGGUGGCGGCGGUGACAAUUUGGCACCAAACGACCUUGCUGCGAUUAGAAGAGCAUAUGCCGAAGCAUUUCGCGAGGACAUGCGAGUGUGCACGAUUAUUUCAGGCAUCGCACUAAUAUGGGCUUUGGGUACUUACAGUCGCAAGCGGCUCAAUCGCAGUCAACAACGAGAACAGCGUGUUAGAGACGAGGCUGAACGAAGGAAGACCGUGGCGGCGGCUGAAAGUCCGCAGCGGGACAGUGAAUUGAACCACUCAUGA